UUUAAAAUGAUCGGUUCAAGGACACCUGGUGUAUUAGAAUCAAUUAUUAGUACCAUGCUUGUCUUCGAAUGUUGUAUUUACGUAAAUAUUGCCAUUUGUUCAUUUACUAUAAUGGGGAUCCUGUUUUCUAUAAACAAUGCCUGCAGUAUCGCGGUAAGCCUUGAAUUUCCGUGGCUUCAAUGAAAGAGGGCAGUCGUUCUCCCCUUGGCUAACGGGUGUAAAAUGGCAAGCUAGUUAGCAGUGCACGCUAUUGGCGUUUCAUUCGGUGAUGUCAUUCCCUCUGAGACCUUGAAGUAGUUGUCUCCCUUGCUCUGUGAGGGCUGCGGCUUUUGUGGAGCGAUACUUAACAAAGUUUCCUGGGUGAAACGUCGUGUUCAGAGGGGUCCCUGGUUCGAGCCCAGGUUAGGGCAAGGAGGGAGCGGGAGCAAGACUGUUACACAUGCAUCACAGGAGGAACUGAAGGGGUCAUACAGGCGACUGUGCAUGCUCUACCACCCAGACAAGCACAGAGACCCUGAAUUGAAAAGGCAGGCGGAACAGCUCUUUAACCUAGUGCAUCAAGCUUAUGAAGUCCUUAGUGACCCACAGUCACGAGCUAUCUAUGACAUCUAUGGCAAGAGAGGACUGGAUGUUGAAGGAUGGGAGGUGGUGGAGAGAAAAAGAUCACCAGUAGAGAUCCGAGAGGAGUUUGAACGUCUGCAGAGAGAGAGGGAGGAGAGACGGCUACAGCAGAGGACCAAUCCCAAGGGGAUGAUCAGUGUGGGUGUAGAUGCCACAGACCUCUUUGAUCGCUAUGAGGAGGAUUACGAGGAUGUGCCUGGAGGGGGCUUCCCACAUGUUGAGAUCAACAAGAUGCACAUAUCACAAUCCAUAGAGGCCCCCCUCACCACCUCAGACACAGCUGUUCUCUCUGGCUCCCUCUCAACCCACAAUGGAAACGGAGGAGGAAACAUUAACGUGGCACUGCGGAGAGUCACCUCUGCUAAGGGCUGGGGGGAGGUGGAGUUUGGGGCAGGAGACACACACGGGCCCCUCUUAGGUAUGAAGAUAUUCCGCAACCUCACAGCUCGCUGCUUUGUGACUGCUCAGUGUGGACUCCAUUUCUCGUCCCGGGGCGUGCGGCCUGGUUGCACCACGAUGCUGGCUCGGCACCUGGACAAGAACACCAUGGGCUACCUGCAGUGGCGCUGGGGAACCCAGUCCUCCAUGAACACCAGCAUCGUCAGGGACACGAAGACCAGCCACUUCACCUUGGCCAUGCAGCUUGGGAUCCCUCACUCCUUCAUGAUGAUGAGCUACCAGUACAAGUUCCAGGAUGAUGACCAGACCAAAGUCAAGGGCUCAAUCAAAGCUGGCUUUUUUGGGACGGUGGUGGAGUAUGGUGCAGAGAGAAAGAUCAGUCGGCACAGUGUCUUGGGGGCGACUGUCAGUGUAGGAGUACCUCAGGGCGUCUCCCUCAAGAUAAAGCUGAACCGAGCCAGCCAGACAUAUUUCUUCCCCAUCCAUCUGACUGACCAGCUCCUGCCCAGUGCAGUGUUCUACGCCACGGUUGGACCACUCGUCUUCUACCUCGCUAUUCAGAGACUCGUCAUCAGGCCCUACGUGCGUGCCCAGAAGGAACAGGACCUGGAGAAGCACCGGGAGAGUUCAGCCUCGGACAUUGCUAGGAAGAGGCAGGAGGCAGAGUCUGCUGUUUUGCUAAUGCAGGAAUCUGUGCGCAGGAUCAUUGAAACUGAGGAAUCUAAAAUGGGUCUCAUCAUCCUCAACGCCUGGUACGGCAAGUUUGUGACGGACAACAAUCAGAAGCAUGAGAGGGCAAAGGUCAUCGAUGUGACUGUUCCGCUGCAGUGCCUGGUGAAGGACUCCAAACUCAUCCUCACAGAGGCCACAAAGUCAGGACUACCUGGGUUCUAUGACCCCUGUGUGGGGGAGGAGAAGAGUCUGAAGUUACUGUAUCAAUUCCAGGGAGUCAUGCAUCAAGUCCUCUCUCCUGAAGGGGAAGCACUCAGGAUACCAAAACAAUCUCACAGGAUUGAUGCCGACACAUAGGAACCUAUUUUCUGGACCGAAUGGGACAUUACACAACGUUAAACUGAUAGUUUGACAAUGGAUGGACAGACUUGUAAUUAUAGAGACACCAACUUACUCCUUGUGUCCUAAAAAAGUCCUGCAUAUCCCCUCUUUAUUGUUGUCCAUAGGAGGAGAAAUGGCAGAAAAGUACUCAACAGGGGGUUGCCCUAUUGAAUGAAAAUCAGUCUAAAGUCACUUAAAAUGGAAUGGUCGUAAUCUCAAAGUUCUCCCCUUUCAGGUAUGGCUCGUAAUGGAUGACUUAGUACUGUAUGGACACUGCAGUGCCUAUGUGACCCUCUUGAAUGUAUUAAUGCACUUCUAUAUAUUUGCCAUAUUAUUAAAAUCUCUUCCAAGCUGCAAAAGCCCAGUUUGGAAAUUGAGCUGGAAACAAUAUUUUUUUCACACAAUUGUUUUGUACAACAAACUAUUAGUCAAAAUUUUAACCCGAAGUUGAUUGGAAGUGUACCCCACCUUCUGUAUGGUUUGAACUGUCAGAUCAAUGUAUCUACUGACAUGAUUGCCCAAUAAGACUAUGUCAUCUGGGUGUUCCUGUGCCUGACAGGUCAGUGAAUAGUACAAGGCUGACCUGACUCUGAUAACAUGACAUACUGUACUUAAAGUACAGAAAAAAACAGGCAUGAGAUCUAGGCCUAUAUUCAGUUAUGUAACUUGAGUGGUUUAUUGACAUGUAUAUCUAAUGCAUUUACACUUUAGUUCUAGGGAAUGUAUUAGAAAACGUAUGUGUUCAUGAAAUUGUAUUUUUGAAAUAUAUAUAUAUAUAUAUAUAUAGAAAAAAAAACAUUCAGGUCAUGUUUGUAAAGGCCUACAUGCGCAAAUGUCAAUGGAAUCUUUUUCAACUUCAUUUGUAUUUUAAUUCAGGAAUAAAAACUCAGUCCAGGAAGGUCCCUUUAAACUUGUGGGAAAAGUAUACUAUUAUUAUCCAAAUAAUGUUUUGUAGAUGUCAGCAAGAUGGAUAGGGCUGCAAAGCUUUCCAAAAUAAAUAUUUUUCACUAAUUGACCAAGAGGAAAUUGGAAAAAGUCUGUCUUCAAGACUGUUUUCAGAAGAGGAUCAGCAAAUUAAUUAAACUCCUUGUGUUCCAUUACAAAAUAGCUUUCCAAUAAAACCAAUGUCAAUUAAUGGGUCGGCUGAUAUCAUUCACAGCUAUCCUCUGUACACUUAGCCAUAUAGAUACUUUACCAGCAGCCCUGGACAGAUUCGUCCAGCUGCGUAGACUUGACAACUCGGUGUGUGCUGCCUUCAAUUUGAACCUCAUCUUGUUGAUCAGCUGGCUCUUCAUUUGUAACCUGUUGAGCCAUUUGUUGGUAUCCAAGGUUUUGAAUAGCUGGGCCUUCACUGCACAUGGGCCGGACAGCGAGUAACUGAUCGGAGAUGACGACAUGCUAAAUAAAGAAAAUCAGUUAUGACUGAAUCAUUUCAGGUGUUUAGAUUCAAUGUGAUACUGCAGAAAUGUCUGUAACAACCCUAUGGCUCAGUCUCAAACCAUACAGAAUACAAUGUUGCACAAGACUCACAUAUAAGUUGAGUAUUAGAAGACUGACUGGGUAGGGUAAAGACUAGCUAAGAAUGCUCAACUUCAAGAUAUACAUAAUAUCACAUCUCAAUGGAGUUGAGUGGCAAUUAGUUUUGGCCAAUGAUGUGUAUUAACCCUGGAUUGCUGAUGCUUGGCCAUUGAGUGGCUUUGAAUCCACCGGUCAGUCAAAUUGGCACUCCCCAGUAUGAACAGUCCUCCAUAGGAAUUACUGGAAUUUCAAUUAAAUGUUACAAGUAUUGUUU